AUGCCAAAGAUUUUGUGUUAUGGUUCUAUCAACAUCGAUGACAUCUUCCAAGUCAACGACAUCGUGAAGCCUGGUGAAACGAUCUCUUCAUCAAACUACAUCGUGCUUCCGGGAGGCAAAGGAGCCAAUCAAUCUGUAGCUCUCGCCAAAAAUGCGAGGCCUCAAGUAUCGCAUGCUGGGAAAAUCGGUCAAGAUGGUCGUUGGGUUUUGGAUGAAAUGGAGAGAGAUGGUGUAGAUACGUCGCUGGUUUAUAUUGAUCCUGUUCAGCAUACAGGUCGCGCCAUAAUCCAAGUCAGUGAAUCAACAAAAGAUAAUGCCAUAGUACUAUCAGCUGGUGCCAACAAGGCUAUAACUCUAGCCGAGGCUGAACGGAUCUUAAAAGAGCGUUAUGAGAAAGGAUCAUGGCUCGUCUUACAGAAUGAGAUCUCGUCACUACCCGAGAUAAUCACGACUGCUCACAGCAUUGGAUGGAAUAUCGCCUUCAAUCCGGCCCCAUGCCCAAAAGAUCUAGUCUCUUCAGGAUUCCCACUCAACCUAUGUACAUUGCUGACAUUGAACGAAUCUGAGGCUUCGUCACUGUCAAAUCAGCUGCUUGGAUCGACGUAUGUGGAUAAAAAAAUCACCGUGGCUGACGCCGAAUCAAUAAGUAAAAGAUUCUUUGGAUCUCUCGGCAAUCUUAGAGUGGUAGUCAUAACACUGGGACUCAAUGGAGCAGUGGCAUCCUUCACAUUGCAACCUGGAGAAGUGAAGACCGUGUUUCAACCUGCCUUAAAAGUAAAGUCGGUAGAUACUACAGGAGCUGGUGAUACUUUUACGGGAUACUUUAUAACUGAAUUGGUCAAGUCUUAUGAUGGAGGUGUGACUGAAGAGGUUAUGCAGAGGGCGUUGAUAUACGGUGUUGUUGCUGCUGCCAUCAGUACACAAUCACCAGGUGCGAUGAGGAGUAUACCAGAACGAGAUGUAGUUAUAGAGCAGAUUCGAGAUGCUGGCUGGACGGCAUAA